GGAAGAAGAGACAAAAACAACAACAGCAGCCGUAGCAGUAGCAGCUCGGAGACGGUAGUUAACCAGAGAGACGGAGAACAGUUCCAAUUUAACGGUUGCCUGUUCGGAAUAGCAACAAACGAGGUGUGUUACCGGUUAAUCUAGUCGUUAUUGUUUACAUUUAGCACCAGAAUGUCCGGUGGGGGUUUAUUCGCUAAGAUAUUCGGUAGCGGGGGUAAGGGUGGGAAAGCGCCGACACCCCAGGAGGCUAUCCAGAAACUCCGGGAGACCGAGGAGAUGUUGGCCAAAAAGCAGGACUUCUUAGAGAAGAAGAUCGACCAGGAGCUCAUGACGGCGAAGAAGAACGGCACGAAAAAUAAACGAGCGGCUCUGCAGGCCUUGAAGAGGAAAAAGCGUUAUGAGAAGCAGCUGGCUCAGAUUGACGGCACAUUGUCUACCAUUGAGUUCCAGAGGGAGGCGCUAGAGAACGCAAACACCAACACAGAAGUCCUGAAGAAUAUGGGCUACGCUGCCAAGGCCAUGAAGGCGGCUCAUGAAAACAUGGAUAUAGACAAAGUAGACGAUCUCAUGGCUGAAAUCACAGAACAGCAGGAAGUAGCUCAAGAAAUCUCAGAUGUCAUUUCCAGACCGGUCGGUUUUGGAGAGGAUUAUGACGAGGAUGAGCUUAUGGCUGAGCUGGAGGAGCUGGAACAGGAAGAGCUGGACCAGAACCUUCUGGAAAUCGAGGGACCAGCGGACGUUCCUCUACCAAGCGUACCGUCUACAUCACUACCAUCUAGACCAGCCAAGAAGAAGGAAGAAGAAGACGAGGCUGACAUGGCGGACCUGGAAGCCUGGGCCGCUAACUAAGCUACCCACUGCCCCUCUCCUGCCUGUCUCUGUGCUCCCAGGCUUCUCUCAGACAUCUGGAAGAGAGACAGGGACUCUGGGCUGCUGGCAUGCUGCUCUGUCUUAAAGCCUACGUCCCAACAUCUAACCUCACCCUCAUCCUGAAGUAUGCACUUGUGCACAAAUUCACUGACUCAAAAUGAAACGGACCCAGGCUGUUCUCCUCUAGUUCAUGUUCUGUUUUCUUUGCUUUGGCUGCACACUCCUCUGUUUCUAAAGGGCAUGAAGUAAAAGUCAUGCCCUGGCAGCCUGUGGUUCCUGUGUCGAACGUCUCUUUAAGAGUGCAUGAACAAGCACUUAAGUCAGGAGGGUGCAAGUGCAUACUUCCAGGGCAGGGUGAGUGGAGGAACAGGGAAAGGCUUGUUUCUGAGAGGAAUGUGAAGAAUCGACAAAUGUUUUGGGGGAAAAAACAGAAUGACUCAGCCAUUUUUCUGCUUCCUGCGUCUUCAUCUCUCUGCUCUUCUGUGAUGAAGACAACAUCCAAUCAUCCACAGCUUCUCUGAGAAACCUCGACUACAGAAAAGGAAGAUAAAUUAUGAAAUAUGUAGGAUUUUCUCAGUGAAAUGUCACCGUUAAUCUGCAGCUAGGCUAGGUUAAAUCUUAUAGUUAGGAAAACGUCCUGUGAUGGCAGGUUUUCAUUGGUUUGGUUUUCCGUCAGCCUCGAGAAGGAAAAGACAGAUAUGACUGCAGAUGUUUUUGGCCAGAAAUUAGACAAACACUCUUAACAGUGUGUCCUAACCACAUGCAAAGCAAGCAAGCAUUAGCUACAACUAACAACUCAGUUUAAUUCAGAUGCUUCGUAUUAGUCUGCUCUAACAGCAUGCAGAUGAUGCGGUACUACUUUUUUACUCCAACUUGCACUAACAUGGAGGCAAAAUUAUUCAACUAAGCACCAAUAAUAAGGAUGCACAGAUGCCUCGGUGUAACAUCAGUGACAGCGUUUCUACGCACGUUUGUUGUUACUAAAUAAUAUGGGCAUGCACAAAUGUCAGUCAGUCAGACUGCACCAAGUUAAAGCUGAGAUUCAGCAUGCCUAACAGCUGCUUUAUUUUUGUGCAAAGAUGUGAUCUGUUGGACAAACUCUGGUCAGACCAGAGGGAUGUUGACAUCCUGGGAGCGUUCUACCAAAAGCUAAUGAAACAGUAAGUCAGCACUGCUAACAGCCUUCAGCUUAGUUCUGUUUUGCAAACAUCAGAUUUUUAUUUUACAAUUGCUGCAUCUCUAAUUAGUGCAAAGCACCCAACAAUAUUUCUGCACAUUCAAAAUAAAAGCACCAUAUUUUUAGGGAUAAACACUUUUACAGGACAGAGAGUUAAAUAUUAAAUUGAUGCAAUGUGGACAGCGAGGGUCCAAUACUGCAGAAUGCAGCGCAGCGUCAGAUGCUUGUGUGCUGUGAGGACAGGCUGUAAGAUGUUUUUGCAGUGUAGUUGUCAUUUAAGUAGAUUGCAGUUCACAGUUUGGAAAAAUGAGCCUAACUUUGUAUGGAAGAAAUGCUAAACUAGCGGCUUAGACCAAUAGGAACAUUUUUUACAAGGUUUUAGACCAGCGAGCAGUCGGCCACACUUCUUAACAAAGGGGCUCCUUUACUAACCAAAGUUGCUCUUACAUGUUAUUUAAGUCCAGUUAUAAUAUUCAGAUGUUAUUUUAGCAUUGUUAGACCUCCAUUAUGGCUGCACAGGACAUUGAGUUUACUUUGAAAUAAGCCUGAAACUUCUUUGAAACUGUCAGUUUAACAGUGACGUGGCCUGAGAAAGUCCUACGCUGUUUGAAUUUAAAGAGAAUGCCUGUGAGCGUGAGUGUGUGUGAUAUUUUUGCAGCCUUUGGACACAGUGACCUCUCGUGAAUAUUUAGUCAGACCAGGACGGUGAGCUGGAUUUUUUCCCAUUGAAUCAGCUGUUGAGCAAAACCAUAAAGAGAGGAACAUGUUGAAUGUUCGUCUUUGUGAUAAAAUAAUAUUGUCUUCUGUUUUGGCUUCAUCUACACUACCCUCCAUCUAUUCUCUGACACGUUUAUGCAUGGAAGGAUUUGAGUUCAUCCAUCAAACACUGAUGAAUUGUAUCAAAAUGAUAACCCGAGUCUUUAAAUAAAAGAAACAGAUGAAUAAAUAGCUUGGUUUUGCCUGUUUCUGUUUGAAAAAUCUCCUUAA